AUGGCAUCAACCUUCUCAGCAACAACCUCCUCUUGCAACCUCUCCUCUUCCGCCGCCAUUUCCUCCUUCCCCUUGGCCGCCGGCAAGAGAAAUGCAAACAAAGUCGUUCUCCCGAGGAAGAAUCGCAACGUUAAGGUCUCUGCCAUGGCGAAGGAGUUGCAUUUCAACAAAGAUGGUUCCGCUAUUAAGAAACUUCAGAAUGGUGUAAACAAGCUUGCGGAUCUUGUUGGGGUUACGCUUGGUCCUAAAGGAAGGAAUGUUGUUCUUGAGAGCAAGUAUGGUUCACCUAAAAUUGUUAAUGAUGGUGUCACCGUUGCUAAAGAGGUUGAGUUGGAGGAUCCGGUUGAGAAUAUUGGUGCCAAGUUGGUGAGACAGGCAGCUGCCAAGACAAAUGACUUGGCGGGUGAUGGAACCACAACCUCUGUUGUUCUAGCUCAGGGCCUUAUUGCAGAAGGUGUAAAGGUUGUUGCAGCUGGUGCAAACCCUGUGCUUAUUACUCGUGGCAUUGAGAAGACAUCCAAAGCUCUUGUAGCUGAGCUUAAAAAGAUGUCAAAAGAGGUUGAAGAUAGCGAAUUGGCCGAUGUGGCAGCAGUCAGUGCUGGGAACAACCAUGAGGUUGGAAAUAUGAUAGCUGAAGCAUUGAGUAAGGUUGGUAGAAAGGGUGUUGUGACACUUGAAGAGGGAAAGAGUGCUGAGAACAGUUUAUAUGUUGUUGAGGGGAUGCAAUUUGACCGUGGUUAUAUUUCACCCUACUUCGUUACUGACAGUGAGAAAAUGUCUGUUGAAUUCGAGAACUGCAAGUUGCUAUUAGUUGACAAAAAGAUUACCAAUGCAAGGGAUCUUAUUAACAUACUAGAGGAUGCAAUUAGAAGUGGAUUUCCUAUUGUGAUCAUUGCGGAGGAUAUUGAACAAGAAGCUUUAGCAACCCUUGUUGUAAACAAACUUAGAGGAUCUUUGAAGAUUGCAGCACUCAAGGCCCCUGGGUUUGGAGAACGCAAAAGCCAAUACCUUGAUGAUAUUGCCAUCUUAACAGGAGGUACUGUUAUCAGAGAGGAGGUUGGCCUUACCUUAGACAAAGCUGAUAAAGAGGUUUUGGGCAAUGCUGCCAAGGUGGUCCUCACUAAGGAUACAACUACAAUUGUUGGUGACGGAAGUACCCAAGAAGCAGUUAAUAAGAGAGUUUCUCAAAUUAAGAACCAAAUUGAGGCUGCAGAGCAAGACUAUGAAAAGGAAAAGCUAAGUGAAAGAAUUGCAAAACUGUCUGGUGGUGUGGCUGUAAUACAGGUUGGUGCACAAACUGAGACAGAACUCAAGGAAAAGAAAUUGAGAGUUGAAGAUGCUCUUAAUGCUACAAAGGCAGCUGUUGAGGAGGGUAUUGUAGUUGGUGGUGGUUGCACUUUGCUCAGACUUGCAUCAAAAGUGGAUGCAAUCAAGGAUACCCUUGCAAAUGAUGAAGAAAAAGUUGGAGCAGACAUUGUUAAAAGAGCUCUUAGUUACCCUCUGAAAUUAAUAGCUAAGAAUGCUGGUGUAAAUGGUAGUGUUGUGAGUGAGAAGGUUCUGUCCAGCGACAAUCCAAAAUAUGGUUACAAUGCUGCCACCGGCAAAUAUGAAGAUUUAAUGGCUGCUGGGAUCAUUGAUCCAACAAAGGUGGUCAGAUGUUGCCUGGAACAUGCAUCCUCUGUUGCCAAAACCUUCUUAAUGUCAGACUGCGUUGUUGUUGAGAUAAAGGAACCUGAAUCUGCUCCUGUUGGCAACCCCAUGGACAAUUCCGGAUACGGUAUGUAG